AUGGCCGGCCCGCGGUCGUCGCCGUCACCGCCGCCGCUGCAGGCGCGCUCCGCCGACGGAGGCGCCCACCUGUCCCUGUUCCUCGACACCGACCUUGGCACGCACCUCGCCCUCAACGUCGCCGCGGACUCCACCAUCCGCCGCCUCAAGUCGCAAGUGGCCGUGGAGCACGCCGCCGCCUUCCCCGACCUCGGCCCCGUCGCCGUCAAGUCCUUCCAGGUGCUACGUAAGGGUGCAAUGUACCACCUCUCUGAUUCGAUGGCAGUGAGGAGUGCAUUUUCCAAAGUCAAAGCUGGGUGCUUUCUGCAUGUCAAGAUGGCAGCAGUUGCGACGGACUCACACUACUGCAGAGAUGAGGAUAGAGGGAGAUCAAGUAGAGGUUGUCUUGGAGUUGAUAUGGACAAAUGUCUUAUGGAGUUGCCUGCAACAAUAUCAGGUGGUGUAAAUCCUCAAAUGCUGGAAGGUAGUGAGGAGGCUGCAGCAUUGCUUAAUGUUCAUGCACAUGAUGCAGUGCCAAAUGAUGUGCAGCUGUCAUCCUCGUCACAUCCGAAUACGGAAACAAAGAAGGAUGCAGCAGUAAGCCUGGCUACUGAUGUACAAACAAAUUCUGUGGCAAAUGUCAGUAGAUUUUCAAAUCAAAGCAAUGUGGCCCUGGUUGGAGAGGAGUUUCUCGCACGAAAGGAAAACCUUCUGCAUAGUGUCGAAGACCAUGAUCUUGGUGUUGUUUCUGGUGACAAACAAGCGGGGAUAAGGGAAGGAACAGUGGGAGAACUUCAUGCACUGGAUGAUCCCUCUCAGGAAAAGGAGCGCAAAAGGGCUAGAAGGGCUGAUUCUGUUAACACGUCAGCUGUAGAUCCUGUUAGAGAAACUAAUGAUUACAAAACCAGGGAUGUGAAUAGCUUGGAUAAGCCUUCGUUGGAAACAAACACUAAUUCUCUUGGGGUAAUUCCAAGCAAUUCUUUUCAGCAAGAAUCACAUGGAAAUGCACAAGAGGAUCUAAUCCAGCCUGAAAAUCCAGUCAUUCCUGGAAAGAAUAAGAAAAGGAAAAAACAUCAGUCAGUCUCUCCCAAAGAUGUUUCUUCCCAGGAAAUAACAAAACCAUCAGCUGGAACAGUGGAGGAACCAAAAGCUUUAGAUGGAGGCCUGCUUCAUGAAAACCAAGGGCAACAAGGUGAUGGUGCAGAUAAUGUUGAAAUGACUAGCAGAGACAAAGCAAUGGUCAGACCAUCUGACAUGCAUCUUCCAUCAUCACAACUCAGUAGUGGAAGCCAGUUGGGUACUGAUGCUCAGGCAACUACUGAUCUAGUUGCUGACAAAAGUAACAUCGAUAUUGUACAUGAAGGAUCUGGAAAUCAGGCAGUUGGAGAGACCAGUAAUUCCACUUGCAAAGUUGUAGCUCGUGAAGAAACAAUUGCAGAAGGAAUCAAUGAUGAAUAUCAUGAUGAAAGAGCAGUUGAGGUAAGCAACAUGGAGAAAGGAAGUAAAAGCGAGAAUGUCUUGGAUAUGGCAGAUACAACCGGUAAUAUUUCUCAUGAGAAGAAUUGCCAGGAAUCAAAUAAGGUUAGCUCUGUUGGCCUAUCUUCCAUGGAUACUGCUGAAGCAAAAGACCAGUCUGGGUAUAGCGAGAAAUCAGCCAAAUCAGAUAUAGUGUCUACUCAGGGGGAGAUCUUAGAUGACCCUUAUAAGCGGCACAUCGCAAGUAAUGUGCAGCGAGGGGAUUUUAAUGUCAUAGAAAAUUCAGAUGGUGAUGGAAAGCUGAAGAAGAAGAAAAGGCGCCACUCGGAGUCUUCAAAGGAUGGUCCUACUACUCAAUGUAUGACAAAACCAUCUGGCUCCAUUGCAAAUGCUCAGGUGGAGACUGUAAAUGAACCAAGCAAGGUGAAUCAAGGGGAUUCUACUGUAACAGAAAAUCCAACUGGUGAUGGGAAGCGUAAAAAGAAGAGAAAACUCCGCUUGGAGUCUUCAAAGGAUGAUCCUUUGACAAAAUCAUCUGGACUCACUACAGGUGGAAGCUCGGCACAACAUACAAGUGAUGAUCCCCUAAAUGCAGAGCAAACAACACAAGGCACUAUAGGAGAAGCAACGGGUAGUGAUUGCAGGAAGCUUGAUGGAACCGCGGAUGUAGCAGCAACCAAUGUGAUUAAUGAGGUAUUGGCAGAUUUAGGAUGCACAGACAACUUAAGUGGAGAUCCAGUAAAGGAACAUACUGAAGGUGUUGUUAGUGCAGCCUUACCUCCGAAAUAUCCAGCAGAUAAUCAGUCUGAUGAUCUUAAUGAUGUUUUGACUGAGAAUACAGUAGUGCCAGCUGAUGGCAGAACCAAAUCCAGUAAGCGUCAGAGAAAGAAGACUUCAUUAAAGCAUGUCUCUACUGAUAGCAGUAAAGAUAUUCAGUCUUUGGGUGUGCAAGUCAGACAGGUUCCCACAGAGGACUUGGAAGGAGGAAAUGACACCAAAGAGGAAUUGCUUCUGGAAGGUUCUUCAAUUGAUGCUCCUGCAAGUACUUGUCAAGUACUACGGCAGAAAAGCAAAAAGUCUUUGAAGACUCAGACUCCUACAAUACAGGAAAUAAAUCAUCCUACACAUGGACAAGAUAAUCAGUUCAUAAAGGAUGACCAGGAAAAAUAUGUAACUGAUGGUGGGACUCAUAAUGACAAAAAUAUAGUAGGAGCUCCAACAGAACCAUCAGUAGUUCAUAAAGAUGGCACAAUUAUCACACGUGAUAAGCCUAAUGCUCGAAAGGGAAGGAAGAAAUCUUCCAAGACCGAACUUCAGAGUCAGGAUACUGCUUUGGAACAAGGUUCUGUUGCAGAUUUGAUGAACUCCAGUGCUCUGGAGGGAGCAGCUAUUCCUAAAGGUUCUGCUGGUGCUGUUGAACCAAAUGAUCCUGCAGCGAUUCGUUCUGAAAAUGGCAAAAUUAAUUUCUUGGACCAUUUUAGCCCCAGUGGGAUGAAUGGCCCAUCUGUUUCUGCAGAAAACAAUGAUGAAACUACUAUAAAGGAAGUUAAGGGCAAAAAGAAAAGCAAAAGAAAACCAGAUAUGCAGUCUCAACGUGCUGGUAUUAUUGAACCAAAUGAUCUGCCAGAAUCCCAUCUUCAUAUAGAUAAAACUAGUGUAGCUGAUCAUUUUGAUACUGGCAAUGUGGGUGUGCCAUCUGUUUCAGCAGAAAACACGAACAGAGAAGAUGGUAAUGUGGAAAAGGCCAAGGAGAAAAAGAAGAGCAAAAGAAAGCAGGAUUUGGUCAAACCCGAGUCCGAAAACCCUAUUGGUAAUAAUGAAGACACUGAUAAUUGUUCGCAAAAUUUGCUGCAUUCUGUUGUGCAGAAGGGAAGAAUAGAACAGGGCAAUGCAAAAGAGAACAGUGAUAAAAUUACCAAGAAUAAUAGUAUGCCGCAACAGGAGACCGAAGCAGAAAACAUUAACAGAGAAGAUGGUAAUGUGAGGAAAACCAAGGAGAAAAAGAAGAGCAAAAGAAAACAGGAUUUAGUCAAACCCGAGUCUCAAAAUGCAGAUGGUGGUAAUCAAGAUACUGAUACUUCUGCACCGCAGAAAGGAAGAAUGGAUCGGGGCAAUGCAAAAGAGAAGAAGGAUAAAAUUACUCAGAAUAAUAGUAUGCUGCAACAGGAAAAAGAAGAUGCCACACGUGAUAGCACUCUUGAAAAGAAGCCCCGCCAAAGCAAGGUUGGUGCUGACAAUCAGACUGAUUUGCCCAUUGAGAAGGACCAUGCACCCAUGGGCAAAGAACAAAUGAACUCUACUUCUCAGACAAAGCAUCAUGGUAAGAAUAGAAAACAUGACGGGUCUAUUGAUGGGAGGGCAAAUGGAAAUCCUAAGGUUGUAAGCAAUGUUGUUCAGAGCAGUCCCAUGAGCCCACAAGCAUCAAAUGAAAGCACUUAUGGCACACCAGCUGUUAACCGAUUUAGAGUAGCAGUUCGGAAAGUUCCAAGAAAAAAAUAUGAACAGCUCAAUGACAAAUCCAAGAAGGAUACCAGUAAGAGAGGCGCUAGCGCAAUUUUCAGUGACACCAUAAGUGAAGACUCUGAUGAACUAUUGAACACCAUGGAUGAAAAGGCUGGCGUGGAAAACUCAUCAGAUGAUUCAUCCACAUCUGCUGACUCAGGAAUUUCAUCCACGGCCUGGGAGGGAAGCGACGUACCUGAUGAUGAAGGCAUUGCAUCGUUGUCACAGAGGAGUGACAUCAACUCUGUCCUCCGAGGCUCCAGUAGCUACAAGAAGGCGAGGCUGAAACCAACCGAGCUGCUGGAGGACACCGAGGUGCCUGAUAGCCAGCCUCCAGACAGUCUUUGGGGCUGA